AUGGACUUGAAAAUGGAUAAUGUAAUUGGGGGCAAGUUUAAGCUUGGUCGGAAGAUCGGUGGUGGCUCUUUUGGAGAGCUUUUUCUAGGCGUAAGUGUGCAAACCGGAGAAGAAGUAGCUGUUAAGCUGGAGCCUGCGAAAACUAAGCAUCCCCAACUUCAUUAUGAGUCGAAGAUUUACAUGCUUCUACAAGGAGGAACUGGCAUCCCCAGCCUCAAGUGGUUUGGGGUUCAGGGAGACUACAAUGCGAUGGUCAUUGAUCUGCUUGGCCCGAGUUUGGAAGACUUGUUCAACUAUUGUAAUAGGAGGCUCACUUUGAAGGCAGUUUUGAUGCUCGCAGAUCAACUGAUUAGCAGAGUUGAAUAUAUGCAUUCUAGGGGGUUUCUUCACCGCGACAUAAAACCAGACAAUUUCUUGAUGGGACUUGGUCGGAAAGCAAACCAGGUGUAUAUCAUUGAUUUUGGCCUUGCAAAGAAGUAUAGGGAUCUCCAAACACAUAGGCACAUCCCCUACAGAGAAAACAAGAACCUUACAGGCACAGCUCGGUAUGCUAGCGUCAACACUCACCUUGGAGUCGAGCAAAGUCGGAGGGAUGAUCUGGAGUCUCUUGGUUAUGUGCUCAUGUAUUUCCUGAGAGGAAGCCUCCCAUGGCAGGGCCUAAAAGCUGGCACAAAGAAGCAGAAGUAUGACAGAAUUAGUGAGAAGAAAGUUUCAACUCCUAUAGAGGUCUUAUGCAAGUCACAUCCACCCGAAUUCGUAUCAUACUUUCAAUACUGCAGGUCUUUGCGAUUCGAAGACAAACCUGACUACUCAUAUCUAAAGAGGCUAUUCCGAGACUUGUUUAUCCGUGAAGGUUAUCAGUUUGAUUAUGUAUUCGACUGGACUGCAUUGAAACACCCUCAGAGUAGUUCCAGCUCCCGUUCCAGCUCCCACGGAAGGCAUCGCACUGGUAAACCAGGGAUGGCCGCAGGACCCUCUGCUGAAAAACCUGAAAGGAUUUCAGUUGGGAAGGAAAUCCGUGACAGAUUCUCAGGUGCGGUUGAAGCAUUCGCGAGAAGGAACGCUACGGGAACCAGUCCCAGUCCCCAUCAAAACCAUACCAGACAUCGAACUCUUGACGAGGUUCCUUCACUGAUGAAACCUGCUGUGAAUAUGAUAUCUGAGAAAGGAAGAAACACUUCGAGAUACGGUAGUGCUUCGAGGAGAGUGAUUGCCUCAGGGAGUAGGCCAAGCUCAUCAGGCGAACAAGGGGAGAGCCGCGGAUCGAGCCGUGUGGCCUCAAGCGGUAACGGCAACCGUCCAUCCGUCUUUCAUAGAACUCAAGGGGCAGCUGCUGUGAGUGGAUAUGAGCCAAAGACGGCCUCUAGAACUCAAGGUUCAGGUGCUGUGAGUGGGUACGAGUCAAAGACAGCCUCUGCCUUUAACCGCAACAGAGUGGCUGCGUCAAGGACCGCACGUGACGAGGCAUUUAGAAGCUUCGAGCUUCUUUCGAUCCGCAAAUGA